AUGAACAAGGUGUGUUUGGUCGGAACCCUGGUUCUUGUCUUCACCAUCUGUGUCGGAUGUUUGAGUUCAGAAAUAUGUGGCCGUUCGAUUCGAUCUCAGCCGUUGGAUCUGCACCUCUUCACGGAAAAGUUAACGGCGAGAUUGUCAACCGGCGGUGGUUUGUUGAUCGAGGUACGGAAAAAGCCGUUCCCAAAGCCACCGGUGACAGGGUCUCCCGACGGUGGCUUUAUUCUUUCGGUUCAACCAUAUUUUGUGACAAUUAAAAAAAUUUCCUGCUUCUCCGAUUUCCCCGCUCCUAACGUCUCCCUCACCCGCAAGAUCGGCGCAGAAUUCGUGGGGACAUUCAUACUGAUAUUCGCGGCAACAGCCGGUCCGAUCGUGAACCAGAAGUACAAUGGUGCAGAAACUCUGAUAGGGAAUGCGGCUUGUGCAGGACUUGCAGUGAUGAUCAUAAUUCUGUCGACUGGCCAUAUCUCGGGGGCUCACCUCAACCCAUCACUCACCAUCGCCUUCGCAGCCCUUCGCCAUUUCCCCUGGGCCCACGUCCCAGCCUACGUAGCGGCUCAGGUCUCUGCCUCCAUCUGCGCCUCCUUUGCCCUAAAGGGCGUGUUCCACCCUUUUAUGUCCGGAGGAGUUACUGUCCCUUCCGUCAGUAUCGGACAAGCCUUUGCCCUUGAGUUCCUCAUCACUUUCAAUCUCCUCUUCGUCGUCACUGCUGUUGCCACCGACACUCGUGCCGUCGGAGAACUUGCUGGCAUUGCUGUAGGAGCCACGGUCAUGCUCAACAUUCUUGUCGCUGGACCCUCGAGCGGUGGUUCGAUGAACCCGGUGAGAACGCUGGGACCAGCGGUUGCAGCCGGGAACUACAGGGCGCUUUGGAUUUAUCUGCUGGCUCCAACGCUCGGUGCGGUGGCUGGUGCAGCGGUCUACACCAGUGUCAAGCUCGAGGACACUGAGACCGACCCGCCUCGCCAGGUCAGGAGCUUCCGUCGUUGAUCAGACCAUCCAGCGAAGACUUCUUCGCAAGUCUUUGCUUUUUUACUGUAAAAUAUAAUGUAAUGAUAUGAUAUGAAAGCUUUUGGAAGCUUUUGCGUGCGUGUGUGAUUGAAUAAGAAGCGAUGUGACCAAAAGUCCAUGCGCUCUGCAUCGUGACAUCUGAUGCAACGACUCUGUUAAUGCCGGUUUGUGGUUUUGUCCUUUGUGUGGUUUUGUCCUUUGCUGUCUGCUACUGUGUAUUUGUGUUUGUGAUUAAUAAAAGUUAAAAAAAGUUUGUGUA